AUGCCUAUUUAAGAAGAAAUUUUAAAUGAAUUACUUUAUAAAUAAAUUAAAAACUUUGUAGUAAUCAAGAAAAAUGUCAUUAAAUAAUCUAAGUUGGGAAUAAUUGGAAAAUCCAUCAAAAUCAAAAUUAAAAGAGCUUUAUUUAAAUAAAUAUAGAAGUAAAUUAGGGUUAUUUACAAAUCAUAAAGAGUAAUUACCAAAUUCAGUAUCAAUAUACAAUAACUAGUUAGAAACCUAAACAAAGAAAUAUUUCAAUAAAAUAAUUAGAUCAUUUGGUUAAACCAGAAAUGUUAAAAGCUAGGAUGAUUACAGAAAAUUAAAAGGUACUCACUGCUUAAUUAAUUAAUAAAAUAACUUAAAAAUAAUUAGAAUAAGAAAAUUUUUGUGUAUUUCCCUAAAUUACAUAAAAAAAUACAAAAAAAAGAUCAAAAACUGAGCAACAUUAGAAUAAUUAAUACAAUAAAUAGUAAAAAGCUCUUGCUCGGACUGCAUAUUUGAUUGUAUUAUGA